AUGUUUAAACUAGGUCUAUCUCGUUGCUCGAAUAGUCUUAUACUAAGAAGUCAGCUUAAGCUGGCCAAAUUGCAACCACAUAUUAUAAAAUUAAACAAAAUCCCAAUAACAUCACCAAUUUCACUUCGUUUUAAUUCCACUUCUACAACCAACACUUCACAAGAAAUUCAAGAUAAAUUAGUCCUAUUUGAUCAUCAUCCAGAUUUAUCACAUGCAGUUUCAUCAUCAGAUAUACAUUCAAAUCAAAUUGGUUAUUUAGAAUCAAUAGGAAUGGGACAAGGUUGGGGUCCAACAAGUAUAAUAGAAAGAUUAUUAGAAUAUACUCAUGUAUAUACUGGAUUACCAUGGUGGGGAACAAUAUGUGUAUUAGCUAUAGCAGUAAGAAUAAUUUUAUUUCCAUUAUAUGUAAAAGCAAGUUCAAAUGCAACAAGAAUGUCUGAAAUUAAACCACAAUUAGAUAUAAUAAUGAAAGAAAUAAAAGGUGGAGAUAUACAAGAUCAAAUGAAAGGAAUGGAAAAAAGAAAAAAAUUAAUGAAAAAACAUAAUGUAUCAACAUUAGCUGGUUUAGCACCAGUUUUACAAUUACCUUUAGCUUAUGGGUUUUUUCAAGCUUUAAGAAAAAUGGCAAAUCAUCCAGUUGAAGGAUUUAAUGAUCAAGGUUAUGCAUGGUUUCAAAAUUUAAGUGAUGUUGAUCCAUAUUUAGGUUUACAAGCUAUUGCAGCAAUUGCAAUUAUAAGUGUUGUUAGAAUUGGUGGUGAAACUGGUCAACAUGCAAUGGCAAAAAGUAUGCAAAAAAUAAUGACUAUAGUUCCAAUAAUUUCAAUUUUUAUAACUAAAAAUUUUUCAGCUGCAAUUGUAUUAUAUUUUGCAAUAAAUUCAAUAUUAUCAUUAAUUCAAAGUGCUAUAUUUAAAUCAAAUUUUUUAAGAAAAUUAUUAGGGAUGCCUAAAAAAUUAUCAAUUCAACAAUUAAAUCAAAGUAAUGUUAAUCAAUCUCAAUCAAUUAAAGAUAUGGUUACUAAAUUUGUGGAUGAUUCAAAAGAGAAAAGUAUAAAAGCUGCAAGAGAUGCAAAUAAAAGAAUGGAAGUUACAAAACAAAGAAAGAGCAGUUUUAAUGAUGGAUUUAUAAAAAAACAUUAG